GCCCGCCGAGUAGUCACGCUCCAACAUACGCUCACUCAUUCAUUCUCAAGCACGAUGGCGUCAGGCUUUGGUUUCCAUGGGGGUCGCUCGCGAUGUUUCGCUUACUGGCAGGAGUUCUCUAAGUGCUACGCACAGACGGAUAGCCCCAGCCAAUGCCGACUACAAGCAGAUGAUUACCUAGAGUGUUUGCAUCACACGAAAGAGAUUGCCCGCGCGAAAGUGGUCAAAGGCGAGUUCAUCAAGAGGGCUGAGCACCACGCGAAGGAGGGCCGGAAAGUUGCGGACGUGCUGGCGGACGGUGUCAUCGUUGGUGUCGGACUCAUAGAACGGGGAAAGGGCGACUCAGCAGAAGCGAAGUAGCACUGUGGCUGCGUGUAGGCGCUUCGUGAGCAAUCACCUUUUGCUCUUUCCCUUCC